UCUCUCUUAAAACCAAAAAAAAACUUCGAAGCGAUUUUUGAAAUGGAAUCAUUCAUGGACGACCUUUUGAACUUCUCUGUACCGGAAGAAGAAGAAGACGAUGACGAACAUACGCAACCACCGAGGAAUAUUACUCGCCGGAAAACUGGAUUACGGCAAACGGAUGCCUUCGGUCUCUUUAAUACCGAUGACCUUGGAGUGGUUGAGGAAGAGGAUUUGGAAUGGAUUUCAAACAAAAAUGCUUUUCCGGUGAUUGAUACAUUCGUCGGCAUAUUACCGCCGGAACAUUUCAGUAUAACGUCGCCGGAGAGAGAAGCGCCUGAGGGAAAACGGUUGAGUCCGGUUUCAGUACUUGAGACGAGUAGCCAUAGCUCCACAACGACGACCUCAAACAGCAGCGGCGGAAGUAACGGAAGCACGGCCGUAGCCACCGCCGCAACAACCACCCCAACAAUAAUGAGCUGCUGCGUUGGUUUUAAAGCACCGGCUAAAGCGAGAAGCAAGCGUCGUCGUACAGGACGCCGUGAUUUAGGAGUUUUGUGGACAGGAAACGAGCAAGGUGGAAUACAGAAGAAGAAAACGCCGUCUGUUGCGGCGGCGGCGGCGAUGAUUAUGGGAAGGAAGUGUCAACACUGUGGAGCGGAGAAGACGCCGCAAUGGAGGGCGGGACCAGCGGGACCGAAGACUCUGUGUAACGCUUGUGGCGUGAGGUAUAAGUCUGGUAGGCUAGUUCCGGAGUAUCGUCCGGCGAAUAGUCCAACUUUUACGGCGGAAUUGCAUUCGAAUUCGCACCGGAAGAUUGUAGAGAUGAGGAAGCAGUAUCAGUCCGGUGACGCUGAUCGGAAAGAUUGUGGAUAAAAAUUGUUAGCAUCACACGAAUAACAAAAAUUAAAGUGCUUA